AUGAACUGCCGGUCAUUCCACUCUGGUGGCUGCGUUGGUGUUCUCCCUUCCCCACCACCUCCACCUGCCCGCACCUACUCAUCCCCGGAGCCCAAGACACCCAAGCAGCAGCCAUGCCAUGGUGGCAAGCGAAGCCGGCCUGUUUCCAUAAGCCCCUCCACAUCUCCUCCCACCCAUUCUGAGCUGUGGGCGGGCCCAGCAUUCUCCAACUCACCACCACCCAGUUCGCUUCCCAUCCCCAAAUUCUCCCUCCGCCGGAAACGCAGCAUCUCUCUCGAGCUGCCACCAGUUGAGCGCUCUGAUGAUGUGGAGGUCAGACUGCAUGCUAAAUCAGCACCUUCAUCCCCGGUUGAGGGAUCAGGGUAUGACUUCUUCAAUGAUGAUGCAAUUGCUAGUGCUAUAGCAACGGAGAAUCUGAGGAGGAUUCUCCAGUUGGAUAUCACUGAUCAUUGA